AUGCUCAACCCGAACGAUGCCGAUGACUCGGAUAGUUCAACAGACUCGUCGCCGCCCGUCGCCGUUUCGAGACCCAAGCGCUCAGCUACCGUAUCCCCGAGCACACGAAACUCUUUUUAUAAUUCGAGGUUUGAUGGCUCCUCCUGAGCGAAUGAUUCCAAUUGUUCUCUGAUCUUUAGGAGACGCAGCGAUGCCAACCUGAACUUUUUCAACGAGAGAGAACGCCAACGGGAGAGACGCAGAAGCAUGGUCCGGGCGAGCCGCGAACGCAGUGAAUCGAGAAGAGAAUCGCAGCAGAAACUGAGGAAAACGAACAGUGAGCCAAACGUCGAUAUGCCUCCAGUAAUGAUCAUUUCCUUCUUGUCUACUGUGCUAGUUCAGAUCGACGUGGAAGCCCUCCAGAAGCUGUUGCUCUCCCUUCCUAAGUUCGCGUCCGCCUCCAGAUCACGUAUUGUAGGUCUCAUUAGAAACUCACAAGAGCUUAACGUCAUCUUCAGAAUCACCGCCACGAUUCCGAUUCUGGCGGUGAGAUGACGACCGAAAUCGAAGAGCUGAAGGACGCUGCGAAGAGCAUUCAGUCGCUGCAGAGAGUGCUCGCGUACCCGCCGCAAGUGUCUUCCGAUCGCGGAGGUAACCGACGACUGCCUGAUCACGCUGAGCCCUGCAUUGAGUCUUCAGUCUUCUCCGACGUCGACGAAUCGUCACAGGCGACGGACACGACGGACGGACGCCGUUCUGGCAUUUCCACUCGGUUGGGACACCCCCGGGGAGUCAUGCAAUUCAUUCCUUCCAUCAGGAAUGAUCAGUUCGUGCCCACUUCUGAGAUUCGGCGGAACAGUGUCUCCCGGAAGUCGUCCGUUCCAGAUGGAUUCAUGAGCAACGAGCUGCAAUCGGAGCCAGUGCCCAAUGUUAGAAAUAGGUUAGAGGAUCAGCGGAGAACUUAAUCAAUAAUCGUACAUCAGACGACGUGGCAUCGUGGACGAGAUGUUCACUUCUUCAGCUUCUCUUCUGGUUGAUCGACCGUCUGAAACCCUUGCGGGAGUCAAUCGAUUUUCAAAGUUGCUUGACAGCUUCCGAAGUCGACCGACUUCCCCAGAGCAACAUCCUUCGAUUUCUUGGAAUCCUUACGUUUACUCGGACGGCGGAGAAGCUCUGGAGUCGUGUGGAAUGGAAGAUUCACUUCACGAAGCGGAUAUUCUUUUGUGGAAGAAAAGGAGUCGAGCCAGUUUGCGAAGGCAUUACAGUGUACGUCAUCUGGCAGCCAGGGAGUUGCUGGACACGGAAAAGUCAUUUGUGGAAGGGUUGGAGUUCCUGGUUACGGUAGGCGACUCAAUCUGAAUUCUUUUCUCGAAAUCGUCAUCUCCAGAAGUACAUGCGCCCUCUCCGUCAGCCGCUGGAAUGCACACUCAUCGAAGCGUCUCUAGUCGACAAAAUCUUCUACCGAGUUCCAGAAAUCCUCGCUCAUCAUCAAGUUCUUCUUGCCGCUCUUAGCCAGAGAAUUGAGCAGUGGCACAAGGACGCAAUCAUUGGAGACGUACUGUUGGCUCACGUAAGUCUGUGGAAAGUGGAGGAGAUCUCAGUUCUCAUAUUUCAGUUCUCGAAACAAUCCAUGAUAGAAACGUUCAUCGCAUUCGUAGACAACUUCAAAUUCGCCAAAACGGCAAUAGCACAGGCCCGACAGAAACACGCGUUCGAAAAGUAUUACAGUGUAAGUGGCGUGCUCUCUAUCGAACAACUUUUUCCAAUUUCUCAGAGAUGUUGCCGGGAUCACCCGAACAAACUAGAUUUAGAUGCGUUGCUCAUUUCGCCAAUCCAACGGGUCCCCAGGUACGUUUUAUUCUCGGUUCAUCUUGAAAAAUAAAAGUAUAUUUUUUGUUCAGAUACGAGUUGAUAGUGAAGCAGAUGUUGAAGCACACCCCCGUGGAGCACGAGGAUCGGGAGAGGUUGCUCCGUGCUCAGAGGCACAUUCAUUGCAUGGCUGUUGCGAUAAAUCAACACAAAGAUGGAAGUGAACAGAUGGAGCAGAGACUGAGAGAAAUUGAAGCGAUCGUCGACGGGCUGGAUGACGUGAGUGAAUAAAAACAUCAUCAUGCUCAUGGGAAUGUUUUCAGUUGGUCACAAAAGAUAGAACCCUCCUAAGGCAUGACAUCAUAACUCUGAAAGGAACGGACAGAGAGCGCUGCAUAUUCAUGCUCUCCGACCUUUUGCUCGUCACAAGCGUCAAAAAGAAGCCGAAGACGAUGUACAACAAACUAGCGUCAGUUAACAUUUCGAAGAACUUCAAAAGAUCUAAAAUGUUUAGAUCUCAAUCAAUGGACUUUCUAGAGAGCAAUCGGUUCAAGCUGCUCUUCAAAAUUGCUCUAGACGACGUUCAAAUCUCCAAAGACACCCUUUCGCAGCUGGAAGAAGUGGAACGGAAACUGGAAUGUUCUCGGGAAGACGACAGAGUUCUGAAGAAGAUGACUCAGCUGUGCUCUCUACUCAAAUGUGA